AUGCAACCAGAUUACUCCGGUCCCUCUUUGAUGAUGGCUAGCUCACAAAUUCAAAAUGGACUACUCAACACGGGAGUUCUGGGUAGACCAUCGUUUUUUGCCCGGCCGUCAAGUGCAGCACUUGAACAGGAUGGGGCAAAAACCUCGAACUGUGAAUUGCCUCAUCGGGAUUCACUCACAGCGGAACGUGAGGAUCACACUGAAAAAAUGCGUGAUUCCAAAUAUAAACCCUUCAGUAGCGUGCCACCCAGUGUCCCUAUAGGUGGGGCUAAUCAAAUCCAAGUUUCCAAUCAAAAAAUUGGAAUGCAUUCAGCAAAUGGUGAGAGUCAAACUGUGUGUGCAUCAAGAGGCGUCGAUUAUUUGAUUGAAAGCAUAAAAACGUAUCGCUGUGAGUGCUGUUCGAAAUUCUGUCAGUUAUUUGCUCAUCCUAUCGAACGAAAGCGUGCGUUGCUGAUUAUUUGUUUAUUUUUUCUCUUUUUAAUCAGUACAAUCAUAUUUGUUGUUGCAUUAAUGUUGCGUCGAACAGAGUCUAAAAGCAUCUUUGAAGAUUCUGCCGCAGAGAUCAUAAAGCCAACUGAUUUUCCCCACCAGAAAAUUUCGUCGGUAAACGAAACGGUGCAGUCUGUGUGUAUGAACGUUUCCUGUUUAAGGAUGGCUUCUAUUUUAACAGAACAUCUUGGACAAUUUAAAAACCCGGUAUUAUUUGAAGAGCUUCGUGGAGAGUGUGAUCCCACUUCUUUGGGCAAACUGACAAGAUUAUUGGCUUUCGGUGAAAACCAGAGAUCAACAUCAAACACAAACAGUAUUGUCACCCUAAAACAACGUUUGACAAAUGCAGUUUGGACUUCUAUUAGCGAAACAUUGCAAAGUAUUCCAACAGAACCUUGGGAGAGCAAAUGGUUCCAGAAACUGGCGUUUAUCUAUCAACGACUGAUAUCAGCCAGUCCCAACUUUGGAUUCAGGGAUACUUCGACUGUAGGUCAUUCUGGAGACGGGACGGUCCCAGACAAAUCCCACAUAGAAUUUUCAGAACAGAGAGAUGAAUAUUUUCUCCAAAAUAUGAGAGCACAUUCUGAUGAAGAGCGACUAAGACAACUGUUACAACGAGGAAACAUCGCUUUCCAUGGAUUAGGUAAGUCCAAAGACGUUGCCUUAUUCAGCGAAAUACCGUAG